AUGGGAGCUGAAGGACCACGAGUAAUGCUUACAGAUCAAGAUCCAGCAAUGCCAGUUGCACUAGGCAGGGUAUUUCCAAACACAAUCCAUCGAUUGUGUUUGUGGCAUGUUCAAAACAGGUAUAUGCCGUAUUUAAACGAGUUGUACACUAGAUUUGAGGAAGAGGGUUUCAAAACAAGGUUCCAAUCUAUAAUACAUCAUCCUUUGACUGUAACUGAGUUUGAGACUGCCUGGGCAAUGCUGAUUGAUGAUUUCCGUCUACAUGAUAACAUCAGUCUUUCCAGAAUGUAUGAAAUUCGUAAAGAUUGGAUACCAGCUUUUUUCAAACAUGAUUAUUGUGGGUUGAUGGUCUCUACACAGCGUAGCGAGAGCAUGAACAAACUCAUAAAAAGUGCUCAUGUCGAUGCAAACACGCCACUACAUCAAUUCGCCAAGCAAAUGUUGAAGCUUCUGCACAGUAGGAAGAUGAAAGAGGCAAAAGAGGCACUAGGAUGCAUGGGCCAAAAGGAAACAAAUACAUUGUAUAUGUUUGAGAUACGUGUAGCGAGGACAUACACAAGGGCUGUAAUGAAUAAGUUUCACGAGUCUUUGAAAUAUGCUACUGCAUACAAGAUAUCACAUGAUCCAGAUGGUGGUGUGAAUGAAUGGGUGGUUCAGCAUACUUCAAGGUCAAAUAAGAUUGUGUGGGGGCAACACCAAUUCAAAGUAAUGGCUGAUGUAGAUGCUGGAAAGUAUGAAUGUGAAUGCAAGCAUUGGGAGCAUACAGGUCUGCUUUGUGUGCAUCUUUUACAAACAUUUAUGCAUCUUCAAAUUGAUCGAAUACCUUCGGAAUACAUCCUUCAGAGAUACACCUACUCUGCUAUACAAGAUGUGACUUUUUCAAGGGAUGAUAAGAAUUUGAAGGGUAAAGACGAUAUUGAAGGUGAUGAUAGUACUAGUGAUGGCGAAGGAAUACAUGGCGACAGGAAUGAUGUAAGAGACAUGAUGGGAGAUAAUCUAACGACAAGAAGGGCGCAGGCUGGUGUAAUUCAAUUGGUGCCUACUUUACAAGAAGGUGGUGUGUGCGAUACCCAAUGUGCUAUGCCACAACAAAUAUUGGAACAGCACGAUUAUGGACAAUUGACCACUAGCACACCACUGAUUGAUGUGAGUGCUACAGAUUUGACGAUUAAAAAGACAAAUCUGAUACCAGUAGUUAUUGACAAAAGAAUAAGGCUGUACAUAUUUGCGUAA